AUGCUUACUCAUUACACUCGUACUCGUUCCAAACAAGAACGCUUAUGGGACGCUUGUAGUUACGGGCGUGAAACUACCGUGAGAACCUUAAUCGAUGCCGGGGCCAAUCUGAAUUGGAAGUCGCAUGUGGUACAUACUCACAUAUUCUCACAAACAAUAUUAACUGCUAAUUUUCUCCCUCUUUCCCAGUACGAAUGUUAUCCUAUUCAUAUUGCUUCUCAAGGAAAACCGGCCAUUGUGCGUAUGUUGUUAGAGGCUGGCUGCCAGGUGGACGCGUUGGAUGCAAAAGGAAAUACUGCAUUGCACCAUGCGGCCAUGUCUGGUCGAGUCGUGAAUGUACAAAUGCUUCUGAAUGCCGGGGCUGCAAUUGACGCAUGCAACGAAAAUAAUUGGACUCCGUUGCUUAAUGCAGUCUACUGGAAUCAUGCCAAAGUCGCUUCAGUGCUUAUUGCACGCGGUGCUGAUCCAUUGAUUAAGAACAAGGAUGGUCGCAAUGCACUGCACGAGUUAUGCCGCAGCAAGUCUCGUGAUUCGUCCGGUCUGGACGAAAUUUUGGUGUCUAUUUUGGACAGCUUGAGCAUGCGUGAGGAUCCAAAACAAUCAUCCACUUCCAAUCAGAUGAUCGACUGUCGCGCUGAGUGUCGCAAUUCUUAUGAUUUUGAGUUUACUUCCCGUUUGAUUGAUCGUGUGCUCGGUGGUCGUAGAAACUAA